AUUUGAAGAACAGAAGCAUGCUUUCCACUGAGACUUACACUACCAUUUGUGAUACAGAAUGUCUCUAAGUGAGAAGAAUAGUGUGGUUUUUGCAUAUGAAUCUUCAGUACACAGUACCAAUGUACUUCUCAGUCUUGAUGAUCAGAGAAAGCAAGAUAUUCUUUGUGAUGUUACUAUUUUAGUGGAAGAUCAGCGAUUCCGGGCUCACAAAGCUGUGCUUGCAGCUUGCAGCAGUUACUUCCUUUCAAGAAUUGUGGGCCAGGUGGAUGCUGAUCUUAUCAUCACUUUACCGGAAGAGGUGACACUUAAAGGAUUUAGUCCUUUGCUUCAGUUUGCGUACACAUCUAAACUUAUUUUAAAUAAAGACAAUGUCUCUGAAGUUUGCAAAUGUGCUGAAUUUUUGGGUGUACACAACAUUGAAGAGUCUUGCUUUCAGUUUCUCAAAUUCAAAUUUUUGGACUUGAAAUUGGAUCAGCAAGAAUGUCCUAGGAAGAAGUACUGUACACAGCGUUGUCAGAAAACAAACCCUAAAAUUGGCAGUGUGGAUGAUGGAGACCUAGAAGUAGAUGAUGAAGCAGAAGAACUUUCAGAAAAGGAAUGUAUUCAAACUCCUGACGCAAAGCAUUGUAAAGAUGAAGAGAAUGCUAAAUCAUUGCCUGUUCUCCAAGAUAAUGCCAAUCAAACGUGUGAUCCUGUACAUUUAGAAAGGGGUAGUGUUUCCAGCUUAUCUUCCCAAUGCCCAAAGUAUAGGAAAUUCCAGAAAGCUUUUGGAAAUGACAAAGUUCAUACUUCAGAGUCCAAUUCCAGUAUUAAAGACAUUCAGGUGCCACCAAUUGCAACUUUUCUUAAGAAGGAAGUAUCUGAUAAUGAUGGCAUACAAAAAGCUCAGGAGUGUGUACCUAUGCAGCUGGUCUCAAAAUGUGAAGAGACUCAGGUAAAAAUGGAAGAAGGGCAGGAAGACAUUGAGAAAAAAGAAGAGUCAAAGAGAGAAUCUGUGACUCGGAAUGUGUCGUGUCCUAUGGAGAAAAUGGAUCUUGUUGCUUUCCCCCAAAACUCUGCUGCACCUCAUGGACUCAAUUCUGUGUCUUUUUUACAAACUUGUGAGCAAUAUGGUAACUUGAAUUUCAGUAGUAUGCAAAACAACACAGUCUUAGCUGAAAAAACUGUGACAGGUACUGGAGUUGCGAAUGACAAAAUUGAAGGUCAAGAUGACUCACCUUCAAAGGUCGAUUUGUGCACUAGGGAAGCCACUAGCAUUACAUCAGCUGGUGAUCGAAGCAGCGUGGAGAGAGAGGUGGCAGAACAUCUGGCAAAAGGGUUCUGGAGUGAUAUUUACAGCACAGAAGCCUGUCAAAUACAUUUACCACCUGCAGCGCCAAAAGAGUGCUUGGAGCCAGUAUAUUCGGGGAAAAAAUCAGAGUGUCCGUGGCUGGGUAUCAGGAUCAGUGAAAGCCCUGAACCUUGCUCUCAGCGAACUUUUACAACAUUGAGUUCUGUCAACUGCCCCUUUAUAAGCAACCUUAGUACUGAAGGAUGCUCCAACAGCUCUGAAAUAAGCGGUGGAGAUUAUGUCCAGGGACAGCAACAAGAACAGUGUCCCUAUAAUUAUGUGAUAAGUUUGGGAGAGGAUUCGGAAACUGACACUGAGGGAGACAGUGAAUCCUGUUCAGCGAGAGAACAGGAAUGUGAGGUAAAACUGCCAUUUAAUGCACAAAGGAUUAUCUCACUUUCCAGAAAUGACUUCCAGUCAUUUCUGAAAAGGCAUAAAUUAACUCCUGAACAAUUGGACUGUAUUCAUGAUAUCCGAAGACGAAGUAAAAAUAGAAUUGCAGCACAGCGAUGUCGUAAGAGAAAACUUGACUGCAUACAAAAUCUUGAAUCUGAAAUUGAAAAACUGCAAAAUGAGAAGGAGAACUUGCUGAAGGAAAGAAACCACAUUUUGUCAACUCUGGGUGAGACAAAGCAGAAUCUGGCUGGACUUUGCCAGCAGGUGUGUAAGGAAGCAGCCUUGAGUCACGAGCAAAUACAAAUACUUGCAAAAUACUCUUCUUCAGAUUGCCCGCUUUUGCUUUUAUUCCCGGAGAGAGACCGAACAGCUCCAUCUGAUAGUGAGCCUGUGAUACCAACUUUUAUAGAAUUAGCAGAUGGCCUUUCAGGUGUUACAACUACAAAUGAGCAGAGCUCUUGCUAUCAGUGUGUGAAAAGUGUGUGUGAUGCAACAUACAAUCAAGUACAAGAGCUGCAUCCCGUUUCUUCAAGAACAUUAGAGAAAACUUCGCUUGUGGAACAGUGUGGACAGAGCGGUGGUAUCGCAGACUUCUGUCAGCAAAUGACUGACAAGUGCACUACAGAUGAGUGAAUCUAUUUUCUUCCUAUUGCCAGCCUCUCAACAUUCUGCCUCUCUCUGCAACUAAAAGUGAGAUUGAGUAUUA